AAUCAUACGAUAGAUAGCAUGGAAAUUGAUCGUAUUGAAACUGGUCGUAGGUACCGUACGUAAAACUAAGCCCCCCAGUCGUAAUGUAUCGAGUUAYCUCAAGAACCGGUACGUACGGCUCUGUUCUCGUAAGUCGUACUAUAUUUGUUUUAUCGUGAGGAAGAAAAGUGUACGAAGAAGAACCAAACCGAAGUAAUUUCGAGAGGAACAAAUACAACAACGAAGAGACUGACCUUCGGCAUUAUAUUGACAAGAUGGAUGACUAUCCUGCGGCAGACGAAAUCCCCGAUCCAAUCGGAGAAGAAAGCUUUGACCGGCGUUAUACCACGCUGAUGGAAUUCCUUUCGACGUCGUCCGAAAUGAGGAAAACGGCAUCGUCGAGUUUCAAGCAGUCCUUGUGGGCGGGAUCGGGCGCAAUGGCGGGGGGAAUGGUCGCCGGGCCGGUUGGAGGAUUGCUCGGAGGAAUCACUGGAAGUCUGAUUGGUUUCUUGAAAUCGUCGGAUUACGAUGGCGUUGUUGUGCACCUGUGUAAAUUGGAUCCCGCUUCGAAAAAAGAACUCCUCAUCCAGGUGGGACACUUGCUCGUCGCAGCCGGAGCAGCGACACAAGGACUCAAUACGGAAAGCGCCCUACGGGAUGCGCUGGUAUCAUAUGCGUGCCAAUCUGGCGUACGGGACCAAAUAUGGAAUGCGUGUUUGGAGUCCCUACAAAUGUAGCUCACCUGCUGUUGUUGGCAGUUUGCCAGCUAUCGAAGAGCAUCUUUGAAGCUCUAGAACAAGAACUAUCGGUGUUCUUCCUAGCACUCUAAACACGUCUGGGGAGAUUAAUGUGGUAGGUUCUAGUUUUGAUGAAAGGCUUAGUGAUUUAGAGUCAAUUUUCCAGCGUGAAAUUUCAAGCAUCCGAGGUUUCAAUCGAUUUCUGAUGUUUGUUACAGGUGGAAAGAAAACAAAGCGGAUAAAAAUACCCGCUGAUGUUUGCAAUGUGCCGACCAAACCCUUUCUCAACGGUGCUGUCCCUUCGUGGUGUUAAACUGACCGCCUAUCGUCGAUUUGUGAAGUAAGGGAAAGUACAAUUC